AUGGACGACAUGUUCCCGUUGAUCUUCGCCUCCGCGGAGCCGGCCCUGGCCCCGGGCCCGUCGGUGGAGAUCAUCAAGCAGCCCAAGCAGCGGGGGAUGCGCUUCCACUACAAGUGCGAAGGCCGCUCGGUGGGCAGCAUCCCCGGGGAGAGGAGCACCGACACCACCAAGACCCACCCCACCAUCAAAAUCAGCGGCUACGUGGGGCUGGGGAAAGUUCGCAUCUCCCUGGUGACCAAGGAGCCCCCACACUGGCCUCACCCCCACGAGCUGGUGGGGAAGGACUGUUGGGACGGCUUCUACGAGGCCGACCUCUGCCCCGACCGCUGUAUCCACAGCUUCCAGAACCUGGGCAUCCAGUGCGUGAAGAAGCGCGAUCUGGAACAGGCCAACACCCAGCGGAUGCAGACCAACAACAACCCCUUUAAUGUGCUGCUGGAGGAGCAGCGAGGAGACUACGACCUGAAUGCCGUGCGGCUGUGCUUCCAGGUGACAGUGCAGGACUCGGCCGACCGGCCCCUGGCCCUGCCCCCGGUCCUCUCCCAGCCCAUCUACGACAACCGGGCCCCCAACACAGCGGAGCUGAAGAUCUGCCAUGUGAACCGGAACUCGAGGAGCUGCCUCGGGGGCGAUGAGAUCUUCCUGCUGUGCGAUAAGGUGCAGAAAAGCCACAGCUCUCCCCAUCUUCCAAAAUUUCAAGAUAUGGUCAGCACCUCUCCUGUGAGUAGCACCUGGCUUGAUACAAAGCUGAAUAAAGCAAACUUGUGGUUUUUUUCCCGAGAUAUCCUUUACUCAUUGAUCAUACUCAGUGGAUUAGUCAAAAAUAGCAAUCCAAAUGAUCAAGACUACUUUUCAUGCUUGAACACGGACACCAUCAAACAGUUCCACCAGCUGUGGAAAGCUGUGGUGCAAACCACAGCAGAGGGAAACCUGGACCCUGAAAAUAGAAGUACCAGAUGGAAAGAUGGCUGGGCUUUAUCAGGCGCCAAGUGGAAGAUGUUGGGAUAG